AUGCCGUCGACUGCCAAUAUACGAAGUAGUAGCGGCAGUGACCAGGAGUUAGCUGCAUAUCGACAAUCGGGUUUUCCUUGUUUGAAAAAGAAUCACUAUGUUUUAUGCCCAUUUUGUGCUUACAGUGUGGAAGCUAUCCUCAAGCCAAAAGUAAAAAUGGCCCUGAGAACAUCUGGCCAUUUGUUAUUAGGAGUAGUUCGCAUUUACUCUCGUAAAGCAAAAUACCUCCUUGCUGAUUGUAAUGAGGCCUUUGUGAAAAUUAAGAUGGCUUUUCGUCCUGGUGUAGUGGAUCUGCCGGAAGAAAACAGAGAAGCAUCAGUUGCUGCUAUCACUUUACAGGAGAAUUUCCAUGAUUUUGAUACAACUCUUGCAGAUCUAAAUGAGAUCAAUGUGCAAGCCCAGUUUUCUGUUAACCAAAGCAGGCCUGAAGAAAUUACAAUGCGUGAAGAUUAUGGAAACAUUACUUUAAUUGGUGAUGAUGGUUUUGGCGAUGUUGGAUUUGAUGAUCGGGAAAUUCUCAGAGAUGCUACUAAUUUAGAGGAAUCUUUAUUCAAAAGUCCAGAUAUUACUAGCCCUCGAGCUCCAGAAGAAAUAAAGAAUAUUGAUGAAGGACCAGAAAAGAACUUAGAUGUGGACAUGACUGCUCCAGUUACCAAUGAAUUAGAUGAGCCAAGUUUUAUGGAUGCACCGUGUGAUGAUGAUAAUGAUGAUGAUGAUAAUGAUGACUUUGGUGGUGAAAUUGGUCAGGAAUUUCUUGAUGAUACAUUUAUGGAACCAGGUGGUCUGUUUGAAGAUGCACCAGUGACUGAUGUGAACAUGGAACCAGAAGAACCUGUUACAGAAACUCAAAAAACAGAAGAGCCAAAAGCAACAGAAGAACCAACUACAAACUCGACUGCAGCUGCUUCUGAGACAGCACCUGUCACAGAACCAGAAACACCAGCAGCUGAGACAACUGGGGAAGUGAAUGAAACAACAGGCACCUCUGGCGAGCAGACAACAUUGGUUCACAAUGAAGAUGAGGCUUUUGCUCUUGAGCCUUUAGAUGUCACGAAUAUACCAGGUCAGUUUAGACAAGAAAGAAAAGGCAAACGGAAGAGAAAGCUGAUUGUUGAUGAACAAAAAGGAAUUCCCAGUGAGACAAUGAAGUUGCAAUUGGCAGAUACAGCAGAUAUUAUUACCACCCUUGACCUUGCACCUCCAACUAAAAAAUUGAUGCACUGGAAAGAAACAGGAGGAGUUGAAAAAUUAUUUGCUCUGCCAGGGCGGCCAAUAAUCUCCAAAUUUACAUGGCGGUUAUUUGGCAGGAAUUUAAUCACAAAACCAAUGAAUGAAGAGGAAGAAGAGGACCAUGAAGGUGAAAAGAUAGAACUGGAAUCACCUGAGUUGGCCCGUGAAGAGGAGCAUCACCAUCAUCAACUUCAACAGUCACAUCUUCAAGCACAACAUCAAAACCUUCACCUUCCGUUCCCUGCUGGAAACCAGCUCCAGCAGCAAACUCCAUUGCCUCUUCAUCAAACACCACAGCUUAAUCAUCUUCCACAAACACAGAUAACAGCACAGCAGCAGCAGCAACAGAUACAACCUUCUCUGCCACCAAAAAGAGGCAAAGAGCCAGCACAGGUGAGCACAGAAACAUCUGGUCAGCUGCCAGAACCAGUUUUUCCUUCCUCAGAAGAUUUAUUUACAUCUGAAGAUAUUAGGCCACCAGUGCAAGACAACACUACUAUUGUUGAAGAGCCCUCCAUGGUGUCAGCAGAUACAAGCAUCCAGUCAAGGCCUGAUGAAAAAACAUUUAAUGAGAGCCAACAGCCUGAGAGGCCAGAGCCUACCACAGAAGACACUGCAAAUCCUUCGGACUUGUUUGCCAGCACAUUUAAUGAUACAAUGGUUGAUAUUCCAGGAGAUGCUGAUUCAGUGUACCCAAAAGAUCUGGAUGAUGAGCCUCCAUCAAUUGCACCACUUUCUGUACCACCCCCAUCAUGCGACCCAGCAUCUGUUGCUCCUGCAUCAGUGCCACCACCGCCAUGCCAGCUAACAUUUGAGGACAUUGAAGCUGGAGAGGUUGAAGGUACCAUAGACUCAGGCCUGGAUGAUGCUGAACAAGAGAAACAGUGGAACAAGCGAUCUCUCCAGAUGCAGCACUCAUUAGAAAUUGCUUUCCGAUACAAUGAAAAACUAAGUUUCAAAGAACUGACUCGCAAACACAACCGUAAACAGGCAGCAUCGCGAUUCUAUUCAUUAUUGGUUCUUAAGAAGCACCAAUCUCCUAUAUUUUACUGUCCACCCAGUCUCUGCGAGUUUCCUUUUACUUCACAUGUCUCUCUCUCUCUCUCUCUCUCCUUUUCCCACCCUAAACUUGGCCAGUAUUUUUUUUUUUUCCUUCCUUCCUUAAAAACGUUUGUUUCUCUUAUGUCAUUGUUGGGCCGUGCAUGUAUAUUGAAUGGGUGCAAGAGUGAAUUUUCUACUCCCUUCCUAUCAUGA